AUGCAGUCCUCCAACCCCACUUUGGAAGCAUCACCUUACUACAACCUGGGUCAGCAUCGAUGGCCACUGACUACCUCCUCGUCAGAUUGCCAGACAUGGCUCGACCGCGGAUUACUCUGGGCAUACUCUUUCAAUCAUGAAGAAGCGAGACGGUGCUAUGAACGCGCCGCCACCUGUGAUCCAUCGUGUGCAAUGGCAUUCUGGGGCAUAGCAAACUCGUCCGGGCCAGACUACAACAAGGCGUGGAAGUUUUUCGACCCACAAGAAAGGAAGGCCUCGAUCAACAAGGCCAAUGAGAAUCUUUCCCGUGCCGCAGAGCUGGCUUCCAAAGCCACUGCCGUUGAGCAGGGACUAAUCAAGGCACUCGCGGCUCGCUUCCCCCGUGCCGAUGAGUCUGAUGUCGACUUCGGUCGCCUGGAUCGCAUGUACGCCGAGGCUAUGCGGACUGUGUACGAAGCGGACCCUGAAAAUGUUGAUGCCGCUGCUCUAUUUGCAGAAGCUCUCAUGUGUAUGACACCUCGAGGGCUGUGGGACUUGGACACCGGCAAGCCAACCGGCGACCAUACGAUUGAAGCCAGGCGAGUCAUCGAGUCUGCAUUCAGACUGCCUGGUGGUCUCCAUCAUCCGGCCCUUUGCCACCUUUACAUCCAUCUGAUGGAAAUGUCCCCAAAACCCGAGGAAGCACAGCCCGCCGCAGAUAGGCUGCGCACUCUGGUCCCGGAUGCUUCACACAUGCUGCAUAUGCCGACACACAUCGAUGCUGCAGUAGGCGAUCACCGCCGCGGAGUCGACUCGAACCACGAGGCCAUCCUGGCGGAUGAUAAAUACUUUGCCAAAGAAGACGCACCGGUCUUCUACAUUGCCUACCGGGUCCAUUAUAUCUGCGCGAAGAUGUACUCGGCGUUCAUGUCAGGGCGGUUCCGAGAAGCCAUGUCAGCCGCGGAGAAACUAGAGCAAGUCAUCGAUACCAAGGUGCUAUCAAUCACAAGCCCACCGAUGGCAGACUUUAUCGAGAGUUUCUAUGCAUCUCGCGCCCACGUGCUCAUACGGUUCGGGCGCUGGGAGGAGAUCCUGAAGCUGGAGCUCCCGAAGGACCGCGACCUCUACAGCGCCACGACCGCAACGAUCCUGUACGCCCACGGCGUCGCUUUCAGUGCUCUGGGCCGGGUUGAGGAAGCCGAGGCUGCGCAGAGACAGUUCGAGGUAGCGCGCGCGAGGGUCCCCUCCAGCCGCCUGAACAGCAUGCCUUGCAAGCAGGUCGAUGUCUUCGGCGUGGCCUCUGCCAUGCUCGCCGGCGAGCUCGAGUACCGCAAGGGGAACUUCGACGCCGCUUUCUCGCUCCUGAGGGAGGCUGCCCAGCGCGAGGACUCUCUGGCGUAUUCUGACCCGCCGCCGUGGAUGCAGCCUGUCCGUCAUGCUCUCGGUGGCUUGCUGCUCGAGCAGGGCCGCGUGGACGAGGCGGAGAGGGUGUUCAAAGAGGAUCUGGGUUUCGCUGCGGGAUUCCCGCGCCGCCGUGCGCAUCUAAACAAUGUGUGGGCUUUGCAUGGAUUGCAUGAGUGCCUUGUGAGGGCGAACAAGGUUGAUGAGGCUUUAAGGGGGAACAGAAUGGAUGCUGUGCCUGAGGAUAGAAUGCUUGGUUUAAUUAAUACCUUCCAAAACAACUACGAGCCCUUCGAACCCUUCAAGGCUCAUGCUGGGCCAGUGGAGAUCCAUGAAUGCAUGUUUCAAGGCUGCAAGCUUGAGUACAUCUGGCAGUGCAACCGGUUUCUAACGUGGUACGAGCUCCGAACGUGGGACUGCGACACGCCGGGCUGUGGUCUCAACAUGGACAACAUCGAUGCCAACCUCAAACAGAUACAUCAGACACUUCGUCUUCAAGGAGGCAGCAGCGGUACCAAUACCAACAUCAUCACUGGACUGGUUACCUUGCCAGCAAGCAGUGCACCCGCAGCUCCAUCCCUCACCAUGACUGUGCCAGCAGCAAUAGUCAACAUUCAGCCAACAAACAGUGCAUCCGCAGCUCCAUCCCUCACUGUGACUAUACCAGCAGUUACAGUCGAUAUUCCGCCAGCGAACAACACACCCGCAGCUCCCUUCCUCACUGCCAGUGUGACUGCGCCAGCAAUAAUGACGCCGGUGGAACGGGCAAACGCCAGCAAAGAUGAUUCUCCGGGCUGUACAGACCUGCCAGGGCCAACCUCUGAGGAAACGUCACGGUCCUGCCCAGGCAGAACAGAUCAUCCUGCCCAUGGGCAGAAACGGAGCCAGCGCCUAGGGCUGCGCUGCUUCUUCGGGAUCGACAAUACUGGCAGAAGAUCACAUAUGGCUUCCUUACCACACAUUGAGGAAAACAUCCUUGAGGAGCAGCGUUGCAGCCCCGAGCAUCUGUCGAACAUUCGAGUCACAUCUAAGUCCAUCAGCGAACCGGGCCAACGGUCUCCGGCGUUUCGGAAACAUCACAGCCAGCUGGCACCUUUUGCAAAUCUUGGUAAUGAGCUCAAGAGCCAUCAUUCUGUCCGGCGAGAAUCUGACGCCAUCGUCACAAGAAGUCAAUAUUCUACCGAAAAGGGAACAAGAUCGGCCAACUCCGAGUCCGCCGAGCGCCGGCGAGUCAGUCGUGCGUCGUUGGCUGUGGCCCGUGUGCGGGUAGUAAAGCACCUGGGCAGGCUCGCCUCUUCGCCGGCGGCCUGCCUCGGGGAAUUCGAUUCGCGUACUAUAGUUAGUGUAAAGACUCCAAAAAAUCCACAUCAUCACAGACCUGUGAUCGGGUCAGGCAGGGCCAGCAAAACCGGGGCGACCAAGUGCCGCAGCCGCCGUGCAGUCAUCUCCGAACACGACAGGGCUCGACAGGGCCAGCCGGAGGAGCCCACAAAUUCCCACUCAGCCUGCCUGCGCACGACAAUGAUGCACUCAAGGCGAUUGUGUAGUAGUACUGCGAAGUCCGUGGAGAACCGAGGUCGAAAAGCCCCGACGUGUAGGUACCGGCCACAGCCAGCCGAGCCAGCCUUAGGGCUCUUCGUGAUUGUGACCCAGGAUGAGGAGAUACAAGGGGCCUGGUGA